AUGCAACAAGAGGACAAGAAGAAAGCAGACUCUGGGAAACUGGAGACAAUUAAAAUUAUGAACGGAUUUACUGACAAGGAAUGGAGCAAUUUGGAUAAAAUAGAAAGAAUUGAACUAACCCUGGAGGACUUUGGGAGAAUGAAUGUAAUUUAGAUGUUCAAAAACUUGAAGUCCUUGACCUUAAUUAAUGUUGGCAUCACUGUUAUUGAAGGAUUAGAUGAUUUAAAUAAAUUGGAAGAAUUAAAUUUGAAUGAGAAUUAGAUACUCAAAUUGUCUGGUUUGAAAGGAACAACCAAUUUAAGAGCCCUUUACAUAUCUCAUAAUGCCAUCCAGAAGUUGGAGGGAUUGGAGCAAUUGACCAAAUUGGAAACAUUGUGGCUUUGCGAUAAUAAAAUAGAUACCAUUUAAAACCUGGAUUAACUAGUCAAUCUAAAGCAACUUUGGUUGGCAGCCAAUUCCAUCAGCAACUUAAGAACCUCUUUGGAUAAAUUGAAGAGCUUAUAUGAUUUAAACAUAAGUGGCAAUAAAAUAUGCAGUUUCAAAGAAGCCUUGAAUUUGAAUCGUUUACCCAAUCUCAAAGUGUUGGCAUUUUAUGAUCCCCACUUCGGUGAUAAUCCUAUAUGUAACCUAUGCAAUUACCAAACCUAUGUACUCUACCAUCUAAGAAACAUCUUUAAAUUAGACACUCUUAUGAUUUCAGACGAUCAAAAAUCCUUUGCUGAAGGCACCUUCAUGAAAAAGAAAAUGUAUUAUAAUAUGAGAAUAAAAACAAUGCAGAGAACCUUUUCGACCUUAUGUAAGUUAUUGAAAAAAGGCAAAAAAAUAAAGAAUGAUUCAUUGUGUGAAGACAUUUCUAAUUUAAACAUCAAAUUAGCUCAGGAAUAGGACAAAGAGAGAUAGCAACUUUUAGAAAAUAAAUAAGAGGAGUAUGAGAAUCAAAAUGAAAUUUACAAUAGCAUUAAAAAAAAAGUGUAUGAUUAUUGCAAUCAAAGCAUACAUAAACUAAUUACUGAAUUAGAAACAGGAGGCAAUAUUAGAUUGGAAGAAGGAAAAACAAAUGAAAAAUGGUAUGGUUCUUGUGUUGAUCUAAUCAAUUCAAGAUUCCAUGCAGAAACUAUGGGCAAGUAUGGCAUCAAAGAUAUACAAAUAAAAAGAGUUGUUAGAAUCCACAAUAAAUUCAUAAGAAAUAAAUUCGAAGAAAAAAUGGAAUCAUUGGUUGAUGUUUCAAGUCAAAGUCACAAGAAAUCCCUUGAGUAUUUAUUCUAUGGAGUCGAUCCUAACUUUCCCUCUGAAAUCUACAAUGUAAUCGAAGAGGGAUUUAGAGGAUGUCAAGAAUCUCAAUCUAUAGGAUUAAGUCCAUACACACCCUUGGUAAAUAGUAUAUUGGGUGCUGAUGCCUCCAGAAUUCAACAUCUUUUGAAUGGGUAAGAUCAUGCUCAAAAAUUAAGCAAAAGAUUUAUCAAAAGAAGAUUGUACUAUUAAAAAUACAAUGUAAUUCCACCUGGAGUAAUCCUCAUAUGCAAAGUCUUAAUGAUUAAGUCAGUUGCUGAUUAAAAACAACCCUAUUUCAAUCCAGAAUAACCAUGGAGUGAGAUGCUCCAAAAAUAUCCCAUAGAUGGCAAAUAAUACUAGGAUGAAUACACAGUCUAUAGAGAGUUGGAAUCUGAUUCAAAACAUAAAUUAUGGUUUGUUCUAGAUAAUAAUCUUGUACUGCCUGAAUACUUUGCUGAAUUCGAGUAUGUUAUGUAAUCUCCACUUUAAAAUAAAAUUGCCGACUUUGGAUCUGCCUUAGGGAUUCUUGAGCAAGAGGGAGACGAUUUCAUUACUCCUGCCAAUAUUAAUAAAUGCAGAGACAACAUAAAUGAUUUAUACAAUCAGUUGGCUGAUGAUUUGAAUAGUUAUCAAUUUGAGAAUCUGGAGGAAUAUCCCACUUAUGAAUUGAAAGCCUAAGAUUUAGACAGAUCAGAAAGUGCAUCCCUUAAGCCUGCUUUAGUCAAUUACUUCAAAUACUGUUUAAGCAGAUCGACUCUUUAUGAACUAAACCCUAAUUUGGUUGGCACACCAAAUUUAAAUGAAAUAUUGAAGAAUCAAACUCUAUUCUUGAAUUUAAGUAAUUGUUCUGUUUAAGAUAUAACAUUUGUCAAGGGGCAAUUUCACACUCUCAUUCUUAGUUACAAUAAGAUAAGCAAUAUUACAGGUUUGAACGAAUUGCCAAAUCUAACUAGACUUGAUUUAUCACAUAAUGAAAUAUCCAAUCUUAACGGUUUACAAGGCCUAAGUCAUUUAGAAGUUUUAGAUCUGACUCAUAAUAAUAUACAGGAUGUGGAUUAAAUUGCAAUUCUUAAAUACAAUCAAUCAUUGAAAAAUCUAUGUGUAGUAUUUAAUCCAAUUAGUGAAUACAAAGAAACCAGAAAGGAAAUAGUUAUGAUCCUCAAUAAUUUGGCAUUCUUGGAUCAUCUGCCCAUCAAUGAAGAAGAUAGGGAACCAACAACAAAUUAGAAAUAAUUAAUUACUACAGGGAUGUUGCAAACAUUCAGUAAAGUUUAACAUGAUUGGAAAUAACACAUCUAAACAGUUAUGAUUACACAUCAAAAGUUGAGUAGUAUGAAAGGUUUGGAAGGCUUGGUUCAAUUGAGACAUUUGAAUCUGGGGCAUAAUAAGAUCACUUAAAUUACAUCAAUUUAGGAUUCAGUCUUGCUGGAAGAACUUAAUCUAGAAAAAAACUCUAUUAUUCAAAUUUAAGAAUUGGAUAACAUGUAAUACUUAAAGAAAUUGGAAUUGGGAGGGAAUAAGAUAUUCUAGAUAGAUGGCAUAUCUAAUUUAAUCAAUCUAAUGCAAUUGUCUCUUGAAGAUAAUGCGAUUCUUAAUCUAAAAGAAUUUCCAGAUUUGAAGAGCUUAAUGGAGAUAUAUUUAGGAAACAAUAAUAUUACGAAUUAAAAAGAAAUCAAUAAUAUAAAACAUCUACAAAAACUUAUUAUUUUAGAUUUAUCUGGAAAUCCAUUUGCAAGAGACACUAAUUAUAGAUCCUAUGUACUUUAUAUCAUUCCAAAGUUAAAGGUCUUAGAUGGAAUCUCUAUUGAGGCCUCUGAAUAACAGAUGGCUAAAAAUUUGUUUACUGGUCGUCUGACUGAAGAGAUUCUAUUCUCUAGACUUCAAGGUUAGCCUGCUAAUAAGAUCACUGAACUUUGCUUAUAGAAUUGUGAAUUGAGAGAUUUCGAAGAUGUGUUCAAUGUUCAACAAUUCCCUUAGUUGGUUGAAUUGGAUUUAAGUUAAAAUUUAUUUACUUCUACUAAAAUGCUUGGGUUUUUGCCUCAAUUAAAAAUUUUAAUAUUAACUUCUAAUAAAAUAGAAACUCUGUUAUAUCCAACUGAUUUUAACUAAAAAAAGGGAUUGAAUGGAUGUCAGUAAUUGCAGAUUUUGGAUAUUUCAUAGAAUUGUUUGAAAGAAUUUAAUGGAUUGCAAUAUUGUUUAUUGAAGGAUUUAAAAAUAAUGAAAUGUGAAAAAAAUGAAAUUAUUCGAGUUGACUAUUUGGAAAAUUUGAAAUAAUUAAAGGAGCUAGAUUUAAAUUAUAAUAAAGUAAGAUAAUUUGAUCCUUAAUCAUUUGCUGGACAAAAUCCUAUUAAAUGUUUAAAAAUAGAUGGAAACGGAUUGAAGAAUUUCUAAAACAUAUAAAAACUAUUUAAAUUACUUCAUCUAUUCGCUAAUUCAAAUAGGAUUAAUGACCUGCCUGAUAUCGAACAUUUAUGUGCUCUAACUCAACUUAAAGAAUUGGAACUUGUAGGAAAUUCUUUGAGUAGAAGACCAGGAUAUCGAUAAAUGGUUUUAAGAAAGUUGCCAACCAUAUUAUAUCUCGAUGGAAGAGAAGUAACACAGGAGGAGAGAGAAAGACUAGAACUAGUUGAUAGACAGGCUGUACUACCUCAAAUGUAGAUUUAAUAAUAACCAAACACUAAAGUGCCAGUCAAAUUAAGUUCAAUCAACUUUGAUGGGAUUUUCAGCAAAUGA